GUUUGGCAGGCGUCUUCUUGAUAUUGUUUGCUGAUCCAAGUGUUUUAGUUCUGUUGCACAGGUCUCACUGCUCUCUUACUAUUUGUUUGUAGUGCACCUUCAAAUAAAAAAGAAUGCCGCGGGCAUCUGCUCUUCUAGUUAGCGAUUCGAGGCAGCAGUUUACCUGCUGCCUAUGUCUCCAUGUUAGGACAGGAACUAUAAUAUUUGGAAUCGCACAAAUAGUGAUUCAGCUUAUCUUCAUAUCAUUUCUCUUCUUAAUGGCCUUCAACCCACGACUAAUACCGGAGGAUACUCAUGGGAAGCUGGAGCCAUCUCAAGCUAAUAUCCGUUUCUACGUUUUCUCAGCACUUUUCCGUCUUGUUCCUGCUGUUUCUGAUAUCCAUGAGUCAUUAACACUCCCCUCUCCUGGAGCUCAAAAUCUUGAUGAUAAGAAAAUUACUAUCACUCAGAGUCUGGAUCCCGACUCCAACUUUAUGAGUGAUGUUCCAGGUUACAAAGAUGGUUUCAUCAUGGAUGUCAACAAUAUGCCUCCAAGACUCUCUUUCGAAACUCACAAACAAGAUCGUUGGGCUCAUGAAAUUAAGAUGCGUCAUUUUAGUCCGUAUAUCGCCGUUUGCGUGACAGCAUUUUCCUUAGCAUUUUGCUGUUUCAUGGUCCACGGAGCAGUCACACGGCAGCCGACUCACCUACUUCCAUUUUUCUUCAUUCAAGUCUUCGAUCUCAUCAUAUGUUUUAUUCACAUACUUGGAUUUAUGUCUUCAGCAUCAGAUCUGCGUUUGAUGAUUCACACCAAGACGGGACCUAUUUACAUCAAGUCGACAAGUUUAACGUUCAUCAUUCUAGCCAUCUCAUGUAUGAUGCUAGCUUUCAAGGCCUAUUGUCUGGGUAUGGUUUGGGAUUGUUACAAAUAUUUGAUGUUGAAUCGAAGAGGUAACAUACUGGAUGAUUGGUAUUCUGACCAGUGGGGUAAUUUGUCAACGUUUUGGAGUCUACUCCGAGCUGGACGUCCUCGAAACAACAAUUCGACUGUUAACUCAGGUUCAGCAAAUGAGUCUAAUAUAGGAACCCAUCCUGAUCCUGUUGCAUACGACCCAUCCAAUGAUUUACCAAAAUAUGAGGAUAUAUUGAAAAUUCCUGCAAAUGCUUAUGCCCCUCCACCCUAUUACUGUUCUAACAUCAGUGGAAACAACAGUCCAGCUGCAGCGGAUGGUAAUGCUGUUACACGAACUGUUAUUAAUACUAAUAACUCAAAUAAUGUUAAUACAACUGGUAAUACACCACCUACGCCCAAUGCAACUAACAAGGACGAUACACAGACUCAGAGUUCACCAGCAGAUGCUCAUCCUUCGUGCUAAUUUGAUUCUAUAUAAAAGUAAUCUACCCAUUAAGGACUUAUUGCAAGGUGGUAUAGUUUUUGCAUCAAAUCAUGAUGAAUGUUGAUAUGUUCUUAAAAGUUAAUCUGAAAACAUUUGUAUUUCUGUGUAUUUGCAUACAAGCACUUAUUUUUAUUUUGCGCACGAAGAUAUGUUUGUUUGCUGAUUUUCCGCCCCUGUUCUGCUUUCCAAAGUUUAUUUCCAGCUCUUUUAAAGAGACAUUAGAAGUCUGAUUCACUAAUUUCCAACUUACAUUUUUCUCUCUCUUAAAGUUAUACAAUUAUAAUUACAGUUAUAAAUAUGUAUUUUAAGUUUAUAUCCUUACUAGUAUCCUUAUAUAUAUAUAUAUAUAUAUAUAUAUAUAUAU